ACCAGGCUCGGCUCUCCAUUUCAGUGGGCUCCUCCGGUCAUCAGCGCCUCAUCAGCGGCCGCUGCUGCCUCUUCUACGCCGCUUACGAGACAUGGAAACACCUUGAUUUAAGACCCGACAUCGGCGACACACACUGCGCUUAAACUUCCACUUGUAGCCGGAACAUCACUCUCCGUUCCGCCGCUGAGACAAACAAUAAAAAAACGGUGAACAGUGUCCGUGUGUCCUCUCUCCCUCUGUCCGGUUGGUUGGAUGAGUUCCAAACAGCAGCAGAACUGUGAGCACUGAUUGGGCACUGAGCCAGGUGAGCCGUCAUGGCGGACGUGGACCCGGACACUCUGCUGGAGUGGCUGCAGAUGGGUCAGGGCGAUGAGCGCGACAUGCAGCUCAUCGCUCUGGAGCAGCUCUGCAUGCUGCUGCUCAUGUCUGACAACGUGGACCGCUGCUUUGAGACCUGUCCUCCUCGCACCUUCCUCCCCGCGCUCUGUAAGAUCUUCCUGGACGAGAGCGCUCCAGAUAACGUGCUGGAGGUGACGGCGCGGGCCAUCACCUACUACCUGGACGUGUCGGCCGAGUGCACGCGCCGCAUCGUGGGCGUGGACGGCGCCAUCAAGGCGCUGUGUAACCGCCUGGUGGUGGUGGAGCUCAACAACAGGACGAGCAGAGACCUGGCCGAGCAGUGUGUGAAGGUCCUGGAGUUGAUCUGUACCCGGGAGUCCGGCGCCGUGUUUGAGGCCGGAGGUCUGAACUGCGUCCUGAGCUUCAUCAGAGACAGCGGCCACCUCGUCCACAAAGACACGCUGCACUCGGCCAUGGCCGUGGUGUCCCGCCUCUGCAGUAAGAUGGAGCCUCAGGACUCGUCUCUGGAGACGUGCGUGGAGUCUCUGUCCAGCCUCCUCAAACAUGAAGACCAUCAGGUCUCGGACGGCGCGCUGCGCUGCUUCGCCUCUCUGGCUGACAGGUUCACACGCCGCGGUGUUGACCCCGCCCCUUUAGCCAAACACGGCCUGACAGAGGAGCUGCUGUCUCGCAUGGCCGCUGCUGGCGGCACUGUGUCAGGCCCCGCCUCUUCCUGUAAGCCGGGCCGGACCUCGACAGGCGCCACCCCUUCAGCCAACGACUCCAAGCUGAGCAACCAGGUGUCGACCAUCGUCAGCCUGCUGUCCACGCUGUGCCGCGGCUCGCCGCUCGUCACACACGACCUGCUGCGCUCGGCGCUGCCCGACUCCAUGGAGUCUGCACUGGGCGGAGACGAGCGCUGCGUGCUGGACACCAUGAGGCUGGUGGACCUGCUGCUGGUUCUGCUGUUCGAGGGCAGGAAGGCGCUGCCCAAGUCCACGGCCGGGUCCACGAGUCGGAUCCCCGGCCUGCGGCGGCUGGACAGCUCCGGGGAGAGGUCGCACCGGCAGCUCAUCGACUGCAUCCGCAGCAAGGACACGGACGCCCUGAUCGACGCCAUCGACACCGGAGCGUUCGAGGUGAACUUCAUGGACGACGUUGGACAGACGCUUCUGAACUGGGCCUCGGCGUUCGGGACGCAGGAAAUGGUGGAGUUUCUCUGUGAAAGAGGGGCUGACGUCAACAGAGGUCAGAGGUCAUCCUCCCUGCACUAUGCUGCUUGUUUUGGGCGCCCACAAGUUGCCAAGACACUGCUGCGUCAUGGAGCCAACCCUGACCUGAGGGACGAGGACGGAAAGACUCCUCUGGACAAAGCUCGGGAGAGAGGACACAGUGAGGUGGUGGCCAUACUGCAAUCACCUGGAGACUGGAUGUGUCCCGUGAACAAAGGCGACGAUAAGAAAAAGAAAGAUGUGAACAAAGAGGAAGAGGAGGGCAGUGAACCCCGAGGAGACCCAGAGAUGGCUCCGAUCUACCUGAGGAGACUGCUGCCUGUUUUUGCACAAACCUUUCAGCAAACCAUGCUGCCUUCUAUUAGGAAAGCCAGUCUGGCUCUGAUCAGGAAGAUGGUCCACUACAGCAGUGAGGUUCUGCUGAGGGAAGUGUGUGAUGGUGAGACGGGUCACAACCUGCCCACGGUGCUGGUGGAGAUCACAGCGACUGUCCUCGACCAUGAGGACGAUGACGACGGUCACCUCCUGGCUCUGCAGAUCAUCAGAGACCUGGUGGACAAAGGUGGAGACGUGUUUCUGGACCAGCUCGCUCGACUGGGAGUCAUCAACAAGGUGUCGACUCUGGCUGGACCGGCGUCCGACGACGAGAACGAGGACGAGGCCAAGCCGGAGAAGGAGGAGGAGGUGCAGGAGGACGCCAGGGAGAUCCAGCAGGGGAAGCCGUACCACUGGAGGGACUGGUCCAUCAUCAGAGGCAGGGACUGUCUCUACAUCUGGUCGGACGCUGCCGCCCUCGAGCUCUCUAACGGCUCCAACGGCUGGUUCCGCUUCAUCCUGGACGGGAAGCUGGCGACCAUGUACUCCAGCGGGAGUCCAGAGGGCGGCUCGGACAGCUCUGAGUCUCGCAGCGAGUUCCUGGAGAAGCUGCAGCGAGCGAGGAGUCAGGUGAAGCCGGUGACGGCCAGUCAGCCCAUCCUGUCCAGCGUGGGUCCCACCAAGCUGACGGUGGGGAACUGGUCCCUGGCCUGUCUGAAGGAAGGAGAGAUCGCCAUCCACAACUCAGACGGUCAGCAGGCCACCAUCCUGAAGGAAGACCUGCCCGGCUUUGUCUUUGAGUCCAACAGAGGGACCAAACACUCCUUCACUGCUGAGACGUCUCUGGGCUCUGAGUUUGUGACGGGCUGGACGGGGAAGCGCGGCAGGAAGCUGAAGUCAAAGCUGGAGAAGACCAAACAGAAGGUGAAGAGCAUGGCGAGGGAGCUGUAUGACGACCACUUCAAAGCUGUGGAGAGCAUGCCCAGAGGAGUGGUGGUCACUCUGAGGAACAUCUCCACACAGCUGGAGUCUGCCUGGGAGCUGCACACCAACAGACAGUGUGUUGAAGGCGAGAACACGUGGAGGGACCUGAUGAAAACCGCUCUUGAAAACCUCAUCGUGGUGUUGAAGGAUGAAAACACCAUUUCUCCGUAUGAGAUGUGCAGCAGUGGCCUGGUCCAGGCUCUGUUCACUGUCCUCAACAAUAGUGUGGAUCUGGACCUGAAACACGAUUGUAAGCCUUUAAUGGAGAGGAUCAAUGUGUUCAAGGCGGCGUUCAGUGAGAACGAAGACGACGAAAGUCGCCCAGCUGUUGCCUUAAUCCGUAAACUGAUCGCUGUCCUGGAGUCGAUCGAGCGUCUCCCUCUGCACCUGUACGACACUCCAGGCUCCUCCUACAACCUGCAGAUCUUGACGAGGAGGUUGAGGUUCCGGCUGGAGCGGGCGCCAGGUGAGACGGCGCUCAUCGACCGCACAGGGCGCAUGUUGAAGAUGGAGCCGCUCGCCACCGUGGAGUCACUGGAGCAGUACCUGCUGAAGAUGGUGGCAAAACAGUGGUACGACUUUGAGCGUUCGUCCUUUGUCUUCGUGAGGAAACUGAGGGAAGGUCAGACCUUCACCUUCAGACACCAGCACGACUUUGACGAGAACGGCAUCGUCUACUGGGUCGGAACCAACGCCAAGACGGCGUAUGAGUGGGUCAAUCCAGCCGCCUAUGGCCUGGUGGUGGUGACAUCAUCUGAGGGGCGGAACCUUCCCUACGGCCGGUUGGAGGAUAUCCUGAGUCGAGAUAGCUCCGCCCUCAACUGCCACACCAAUGAUGACAAGAACGCCUGGUUCGCCGUCGAUCUCGGUCUCUGGGUCAUUCCCUCAGCGUACACACUGAGACACGCCAGGGGUUACGGACGCUCGGCGCUCAGGAACUGGGUGUUCCAGGUGUCGAAGGACGGUCAGAACUGGACGACUCUCUACACUCACGUUGACGACUGCAGCCUCAAUGAACCCGGGUCGACGGCCACGUGGCCUCUGGACCCGUCCAAAGACGAGAAGCAGGGGUGGAGACACAUCCGGGUCAAGCAGAUGGGGAAGAACGCCAGCGGUCAGACUCACUACCUGUCGCUGUCUGGACUGGAGCUGUACGGCACCGUCACCGCCGUCUGUGAGGACCAGCUGGGUAAAGCGGUGAAGGAGGCGGAGGCAAACCUGCGGCGUCAGCGGCGCCUCUUCCGCUCUCAGGUGAUGAAGUACAUCGUCCCCGGAGCGCGGGUCGUCCGCGGCAUCGACUGGAAGUGGAGAGACCAAGACGGAAACCCGCCGGGCGAGGGCGCGGUCACUGGAGAGGCUCACAACGGCUGGAUUGAUGUAACCUGGGAUGCUGGCGGCUCUAACUCUUACCGUAUGGGCGCUGAAGGGAAGUUUGACCUCAAGCUUGCUCCAGGGUUCGACCCUGAGUCGGCUGCCACAGCGCCGUCACCCAAACCUGUCUCAUCCACUGUUUCAGGCCCCGCCUCCUCCACGGUGGGACCCUCCGUGACGCCGGCGGCCAGCGGCGCCACCACCACGACCACGUCGUCAUCCUCCUCCUCGCUGUCGUCGCAGCAGCAGUUGUGGAGCAGCCUGGUGAAAAAUAACUGUCCCGACAAGGGCGGGGCCACGUCACUGGGCGGGGCCAGCUCGUCCAGCAGGAAGGGCAGCAGCAGCUCGGUCUGCAGCGUCGCCUCCUCCUCUGACAUCAGCCUGAGCUCGUCCGUCGGGCCGCCGGGCACCGGCGGUCUGCGGCUGGAGAGGAGGGCCGAGGGUCUGCUGCUGGACCAGGGCUCGGGGCCGGGAGGAGUCAUAGGGGGCGGGGCCGGCGACGGACAUCAGCUGGAGCCAAUCGUGGUGCUUUCUUCCGCAGUGGAGGGUCUGUCGGGCUCCGCGUCCAGCUCCGGCACGCUCAACGCCGACACGUCCGCUGCCGGAGACGACGCCAGAAACAAGGACUCGUCCACUGACCCGGCGGCGGCCAUCUCCAUGGGUCUGGUCAGUGUCAGCUCCCCCGACGUUAGCUCAGUGUCGGAGUCGUCCGGCAAAGACGCGCCCUCCCAGAGGCCUCUGUGCUCGGCGGCCAACACCAGGCUGUCGGUCAGCUCACUGCUGGCCGCCGGCGCCCCCAUGAGCUCCAGCGCCAGCGUUCCCAACCUGUCGUCACGCGAGGCCAGUCUGAUGGAGUCGUUUGUCCGCCGCGCGCCCAACAUGUCACGCACCAACGCCACCAACAACAUGAACCUGAGCCGCAGCAGCAGCGACAACAACACCAACACGCUGGGCAGGAACGUCAUGAGCUCUGCCACCUCUCCUCUCAUGGGCGCUCAGAGCUUCCCUAACCUCACCACCACUGGCACCACCUCCACUGUUACCAUGUCCACCUCCAUAGUAACCAGCAGCAAUAACGUAGCCACGGCCACCACCGGCCUGUCAGUGGGACAGUUGCUAAGCAACACUCUGACCACCAGCCUGACGUCCACGUCCAGUGAGAGUGACACUGGCCAGGAGGCGGAGUUUUCUCUCUAUGACUUCCUGGACAGCUGUCGGGCGAACACGCUGUUGGCCGAGCUGGACGACGAGGAGGAUCUCCCCGAGCCGGACGACGAUGACGAUGAGAACGAAGACGACAAUCAGGAGGACCAGGAGUACGAGGAGGUCCUGGUACUGCACUCCACGCUUUCAUUCAUUCAUCUUUGUUUUUAUUGUCUUUUAAACAAUGAGGAUGAUGACGGGGUCUCUGUCGUUCCUCAGGAGGAGGAAGAGUACGAGACUAAAGGAGGACGCAGGAGGACGUGGGAUGACGACUUUGUCCUCAAGAGACAGUUCUCCGCUCUGGUCCCCGCCUUUGACCCACGACCAGGAAGAACCAAUGUCCAGCAGACCACUGACCUGGAGAUCCCGCCUCCAGGAACGCCACGUUCUGAGGUUCAGGAGGAAGUGGAAUGUACUCCGUCUCCUCACCUCGCUCUCACCCUGAAGGUGGCGGGGCUGGGUACGACCCGGGAGGUGGAGCUUCCUCUGUCCAACUACAAGUCCACCAUCUUCUACUACGUCCAGCGGCUGCUGCAGCUGUCCUGCAGUGGAGCCGUGAAGACGGACAAACUGCGACGCAUCUGGGAGCCCACGUACACGAUCAUGUACCGGGAGCUGAAGGACGCAGAGAAGGAGAAGGAGAGCAGUAAGAUGGACUUCUGUGAGCUCGGUGUCUGUCGCUCCGGCGGCCUGAGCCCGUCUUCGGUCUCGGCCAAUCAGAGCAGCGAGAUCCUGGGCGGGGCCAGGGAGGCGGCACAGGCGAAGGCGGGCUGCAGCCAGAACACGUGCGGCGUGGAGGACGUGCUGCAGCUGCUGCGCAUCCUCUACAUCAUCGGAGGAGACUCCGCCUCCAACGCACGCACGCUGCAGGAGGAUGUCGACGAUCUGCAGUUCAACGCUUCUCCUGAAGAGUUCACCAGUAAGAAGGUCACCACCAAGAUCCUGCAGCAGAUCGAGGAGCCUCUGGCUCUGGCGAGCGGCGCUCUGCCCGACUGGUGCGAGCAGCUCACGUCCAAGUGUCCUUUCCUCAUUCCCUUUGAGACGCGGCAGCUUUACUUCACCUGCACCGCCUUCGGAGCGUCCAGGGCGAUUGUGUGGUUGCAGAAUCGGCGCGAGGCGACCAUGGAGCGCUCUCGACCGUCGACGACGGUGCGGCGCGACGACCCUGGAGAGUUCAGAGUGGGCCGGCUCAAACACGAGAGGGUCAAAGUCCCCAGAGGUGAAGCCAUGAUGGACUGGGCGGAGUCUGUCAUGCAGAUCCACGCUGACAGGAAGUCUGUACUCGAGGUGGAGUUCCAGGGGGAGGAGGGAACAGGUCUUGGUCCGACUCUGGAGUUCUACGCUCUGGUGGCAGCAGAGUUCCAGAGAACGUCUCUGGGGAUCUGGUUGUGUGACGACGACUUUCCUGAUGACGAGUCUCGACAGGUGGACCUGGGCGGCGGCCUGAAGCCUCCCGGGUUCUACGUGCAGCGCUCCUGCGGUCUUUUCCCGGCGCCGUUCCCUCAGGACAGCGAGGAGCUGGAGCGAAUCACCAAGCUCUUCCACUUCCUGGGAAUCUUCCUGGCCAAGUGUAUCCAGGACAACCGUCUGGUGGACCUGCCCGUGUCCCAGCCCUUCUUCAAGCUGCUCUGCAUGGGAGACAUCAAGUCCAACAUGAGCAAGCUGCUCUACCAGAGCCGCGGCUCGCCUCAGGGUCACGACCCCGACAGGCUCCACCCCCAGCCUUUCCUGCUGCUUUCCGAGGUUCAGUCGGAGGCGUCGACGGAGGAGAGUCAGGAGACGUUCUCUGUGGGCAGCUUUGACGAGGACUCCAAGUCUGAGUUCAUCAUGGACCCGCCCAAACCCAAACCUCCAGCCUGGUACCACGGGAUCCUCACCUGGGACGACUUCCAGCUGGUCAACCCGCACAGGGCGAGCUUCCUGAAGGAGGUGAAGGAUCUGGUGGUGAAGAGACGUCAGAUUGUGUCCAGUAAGAUUCUCUCUGAGGACGAGAAGAACACACGGCUGCAGGAUCUGAUGCUGAGGAACCCACUGGGUUCUGGACCUCCACUCAGCAUCGAGGACCUCGGGUUAAAUUUCCAGUUCUGUCCGUCUUCAAAGGUUCAUGGUUUCUCUGCAGUCGACCUCAAACCAAACGGAGACGAUGAGAUGGUGACCAUGGAGAACUCGGAGGAGUAUGUGGAGCUGAUGUUUGACUUCUGUAUGCACACGGGCAUCCAGAAACAGAUGGAGGCCUUCAGAGAGGGAUUUAACCGCGUGUUUCCGAUGGACAAGUUGAGUUCCUUCAGUCAUAAAGAAGUCCAGAUGAUUCUCUGUGGGAACCAAUCACCUUCCUGGACAGCUGAUGACAUCAUCAACUACACUGAACCAAAGCUGGGCUACACCAGAGACAGCCCGGGCUUCCUGCGCUUCGUCAGAGUGUUGUGUGGAAUGUCGUCGGACGAGAGGAAAGCGUUUCUUCAGUUCACCACCGGCUGCUCCACGCUGCCCCCCGGUGGCCUGGCCAACCUGCACCCUCGCCUCACCAUCGUCAGGAAGGUGGACGCCACAGACUCCAGUUACCCGUCUGUGAACACCUGUGUCCAUUACCUGAAGCUUCCGGAGUAUUCUUCAGAGGACAUCAUGAGAGAGAGACUGCUCGCUGCCACCAUGGAGAAAGGCUUCCACCUCAACUGACCUCUGACGCAGGAGGAGGAGGAGGAGGAGUCACCAAGAAUCAAAAACAAAUGUUGUACUGUCUCCUUUCCUCCCUCCUCCACUUGUCUCCUCCCUCCUCCGUGUGUGUGUGUGUGUGUGUGU